AGCACCACCUCCACGGGCACCCCCACGCCACCAGUGGGGACCCCCACUGCCAGCACCACCUCCACGGGCACCCCCACGCCACCAGUGGGUACCCCAACAGCCAGCACCAUCCCCACGGGCACACACACGCCACCAGUGGGCACCCCAACCGCCAGCACCACCUCCACAGGCACCCCCACGCCACCAGUGGGGACCCCAACCGCCAGCACUACCCCCACGGGCACCCCCACCGCCAGCACCGCCUCCACUGGCACCCCCACGUCACCAGUGGGGACGCCCACUGCCAGCACCAUCCCCACGGGCACCCUCACGCCACCAGUGGGGACCCCCACCGCCAGCACCAUCGCCACAGGCACCCCCACGCCUCCAGUGAGCACCCCAACUGCCAGCACCACCCCCACGGGCAUCCCCACGCUUCCAGUGGGCACCCCCACUGCCAGCACCACCCCCAGGGAGACCCCAACGCCCUCAUCCACCACCCCCUGGUCCAGCUCCCAGACCCCCCCGCCCACCCCUGGCACCUACAGCACCACCACAUCAACCCAGACCCCCACACCCACCCCCACCACCUCCACGGGGACCCCCGCGAUCCCAACUGGCACCCCAGAGAUCAGCACUGAGUCCCCAACGACAACUUCCACCUCCACGGGAACCCAAACUCCCUCCUUCAGCACCCCAGGGCCCAGCACUGAGAUGUCAACGACAACUGCCACCGCCACAGGGACCCCAACUUCCAGCACCACCACCAGGGAGACCCCAACGCCCUCAAACACCCCCCCAGAGACGAGCCCCGAGUCUACAACCUUGAGCACCAGCUCCACCUCGCCGGUGACCACCCCGCUGACCUCCACCCUCGGCACCCCGCCGCCCCCGCCCACCACCGCGCCGGCCAGCACCGGCACCCCCUCGGCCACCAGCUCCGCCACGUCGCCCCAGACCACGCCGUGCACGGAUGACUGCAGCUGGACAGGCUGGCUGGACUCCGGGAAGCCCAACUUCACCAAGCCGGGAGGGGACUUCGAGUCCAUCGCGGGCGCCUGCCCAGCGGGCAGCGUGGCGGCCAACAUCUCCUGCAGGGCAGCCCAGUUCCCCGACACGCCCCUGCAGGAGCUGGGUCAGCGGGUGCAGUGCGACCUGUCCGUGGGGCUCGUGUGCAGGAACCAGGACCAGCGGCCAGGGGGCAUCACGCCCAUGCCCUUCUGCCUCAACUACGAGAUCAACGUGUAUUGCUGCCA